UGAAGGCGCGGAAGGGUUCGCCUGGCGGUUGGCGGAUCUAGGCACUAAGGCAGUCCCCGGCUGCCUUUUUUUGUGGUUUUUGUUUGUUUGUUUGUUUUCUUGACACCCCGACAGACCCGCCUUUCCGCCCCGCCGGUUGCUCAGGCACCCACCGUGUGCCCUCGGAGCCUUCUGCGCCCCUUCCCCCCACCCAGGGUUCCGGCCUCCGGGGAAAGCUCUGACCGCGCCCACCCGCCUGGACCCUCGGAUACUGUGCCUGGGAAAGCCUUUCUGUCUGGUGGCCAGCGUGGGCACCUCAGGAAUUAGGGAUAGGAAUGGGGAUCCAAGGGAUAGGAAUUGGGGAUCCCAAUUAAGCUUUUCCUCCUGAAGUCGUAUAACGCCAUUCACCCUGCGGUAUCUCAACACCCCCCCCCCCGACUUUCCAAUUAUUUCCCACAAUUUCUACCGCUCCUGACUCCCACUCUGUUUUAUGAUGUGAGUGUUUUAUCGAUGUCUCUGCAGCCAGAUCCAGCCUUCUAGAAGAACCAUGCCUCCUGCAGCCCUGGGUGCCACCUGUUGUGCCAGGCGCACGCUGCUGCUCAGGAGAGAUGCUGUUUGAAUUCUCCGUGAAAGUUGGGAGGAGGAAUGCCCGAGCUGCCGAUUGAAAAUUAUCCAAACCAGAAAUAUAAUUUGCAGGCAAGAGAUACCCUAAAGACAUCACAGUAGUUUGAUUAGGAAACUCUCCAAGGAGAACUCUGGACCAUCUGGGAGGCCCCAGUGUGAGCCCCAGGAUGGACUUCCUUGUUCUCUUCUUGUUCUAUGUGGCUUUUGUGCUGAUUGGUGUUGUUACGAUAUGCGUCUGCUCAAAAGCCCAUUACUUGAAAGUCCUGGUCGGAGUAGCAGCCCAGAUAAUUUCCCAUAUAAUUCCAGAAUGCCUUCAGAGAGCGAUGCUAAAAUUGCUUCAUUACCUCUUCCACACACGAAAUCACACCUUCGUUAUCCUGCACCUUCUCUUGCAAGGGAUGGUUUAUGCCGAAUACACCUGGGAAAUAUUUGGCUACUGUCAAGAGCUCGGGUUCUCCUUGUGUUAUCUUCUCCUGCCCUAUCUGCUGCUGGGUAUAAACCUGGUGUUUUUCAUGCUCAGCUGCGUAAGCAACCCUGGCACCAUAACAAAAGCAAACGAGUUCUUGUUUCUUCAAGUUUAUGAGUUUGAUGACGUGGUGUUCCCAAAGAACACGAAGUGCUUCACUUGCAACGUGAGGCGGCCAGCCCGGUCCAAGCACUGCAGAGUGUGUAACAGGUGUGUGCACCGUUUUGACCAUCACUGUGUUUGGGUGAACAACUGCAUUGGGGCCUGGAACGCCAGGUACUUCCUCAUCUACCUCUUGACGUUGACAGCCUCAGCUGCCACCAUGGCCACUGUGAGCACUGUGUUUCUGGUCCAGUUGGUGGCAUUGUCAGACUUGUAUCUGGAGACUUACGUUGAUGACCUUGGACACUUGCAGGUUGUUGACAUUGUCUUUCUCAUUCAGUACCUGUUUCUGACCUUGCCAAGGAUUGUCUUCAUGCUGGGCUUUGUCGUGAUGCUGAGCUUCCUCCUGGGUGGCUACCUGUGCUUCACUUUGUACCUGGCUGCCACCAACCAGACCACUAACGAGUGGUACAGAGGUGACCGGGCCUGGUGCCGGCAUUGCCCCCACGGAGCCUGGCCCCCAUCAGCAGCGCCCCAGGUCUACCGGAACAUUCACUCCCAUGGGCUUUGGAGCAACCUUGGAGAGCUCUUCCUACCUGCCACUGCACAUGGUGCCAAGAAGAUGAACUGAGAAUGUGAAGUGUUACUGCCUUUUCAAUAUAGUAUACGUUUAUUUAUACAUCUAGAUACUUCGAAACAUUA